AUGGGGAACAACCCCUCCUCGACGGCGGCAAAACCUGCCGCCGCCUCCUCAGUGCCAACCAGUUCUGCCUCGUCUUCCCACCACGAUCAUAAUCACGGCCACAGCCAGGGCCACAGUCACGGCCACGGCGUAAGCAGGUCAGCCAGCAAGCGCGAUUCUAAGGGUAUUAUGGCGAUGCAUACGACCCAGCGAGUCGCUGUUCCACCCGAGGAAUCACUGGCCUCGGCCACCCGCUCCAACGUUAUCAACCAUCCGAAACCCCUCUCGCAAUCCGUCUCCGGUCUCAGCAGUUCGUCGUCCCCGACAAACAACUCCUCCAACUCCUACUCCCACUCCACCAACACUACCGGGUUUAGCACCCCGCAGCAGCAGCAGCAGGUGAAGCCGUCCGAAGCUAUCCCCGUGUCCGACGUGCCCUCCAAACCCGUCGACGUCCCCAGCGAGCCUUCGAGCGCUAGGUCUCACCACCAUGUCGCUCCCGUCGCUGAACCCCUGCUCGUAUCGCAGAACAGCAUCACCGACCUGUCCUACCUUACCCGCCCACCUAGGCUUCCCCUACCCAUCGAGGAGGAGCUCCAUACCCCGGGUUCUCCCAUCCUUGCCGCCACCGAGGCCCCAGAACUCGCCGAAAUCGAACCUCUCGAGGCUGAUGGUUUUACGAGGAAGUCGUCUGCUCUGAGCAGCACGAGCGUCGACGAUGAAGAGGAUGAGGAGGACGGGCUCGUUGUCGAUAAGACGCGGCCUACAGUUCCUACGAGACUGGAAUGGCUUCGGGGUGGUGAAAAGGUCUAUGUGACCGGUACUAUUUUCCAAUGGAACCGCAAGCACAGAUUACAUCCUGUGGAGGGGCGCCCGGGAGUGUUUGAAACGACAAUCAACAUUCUACCGGGAACUCAUCACAUCCGGUUCUUGGUGGAUGGUAUUAUGCAAACCUCGCCCGACCUGCCCACCACCGUCGAUUUCGGUAACAACCUCGUCAACUACAUCGAAGUUAGCCCAGACGACGUUCCUAAAGGACAGUUGACGGGCGAAGAAGCCCGCAAGAAAGCCGAGGCCAAGGCCAAAGAGGAGCACAAGCUUCACCGAGGAAGAUUGGCGCUCCCUCCCGACCAGUACACGAGCCAGAUUCCCAAGUACCUGGUCGACUUUGAUCUGGCCGACGAUUCGCCGACCUACCAGCACGCUUGGGCCGCUAUAGAGAAGCUGCCCACGCCGCCCACGCUGCCGACAUUCCUCGGCAAGCCCAUUCUGAAUGCUGCUGCGCCAAUCAAGGACGAUAACAGCGUUCUUACUCUGCCCAGUCACACCGUGCUCAACCACUUGGCGACAAGUAGCAUUAAGAACCAUAUUCUCGCCCUUUCUGCGACCACGAGGUACAAGAACAAGUACCUGACCACCAUUAUAUAUAAGCCUACCAAGCCUACUGGUCUUGAUGACUGA